AUGGAGGUUGAUGCGAUAAAGGGGUGGGAAGUGAAGAAGUACAAAGGCUAUGUCGAUGUGAUUAAAUUGGUAGUUGAGGAGGUCAUGAAAAAGCUAAAGAUAAAACAUAGAUCGGUGACUGAAAAUUUAGUUGGAAUUGAUGAUCGAGUGAUGGCGGUAAAUGAAUUGUUGGAUGUUGAUUCUGGCGGUGUGCGGCUCAUUGGAAUUUAUGGCAUGGGAGGCAUCGGUAAAACGACUCUUGCCAAGUCGUCAAGUACUAAUGGCUUAAUUGAGUUGCAAAAAAAAUUAUUAUCCGAAAUCGGCCAUCCUGAAAGAGAAAGGAGCAUUGACGAAAUUGAUUAUGGAACAAAGAGGAUUGAAGAAGCACUUAACAAGAAGAAAGUUCUCAUUGUACUUGAUGAUGUUGCCAACAACAAACAAGUGAAGACAUUAGUUGGAAGGAGUACUUUGUAUCCAGGAUCUCGAAUAUUGAUUACAACUAGAAAUAAAGAUGUUUUUCGAAUCAGUAGACCAAACUAUCAUAUCUUAGAAUAUGAAAUGGAGGUGAUGAGUAGUGAUUAUGCGCUUGAGCUUUUUAGUAGGCAUGCAUUUAACAAAGACUCUCCAUCAGAUGAUUUCAAGGAACUUUCAAGGGAAGUUGUAUCUGCCACUGGGAGACUUCCGUUGGCAAUUGAAGUAAUUGGUUCAUUCCUCUUUGAGAGAAGGCAACAAAUAUGGAACGAAAUAUUGGAUAAGUUAAGCAAAGCACCUCACGAAGAUGUUUUUGGAAAGUUGAAGAUCAGUUAUGAUGCCUUAACUUUCGAGCAACAACAAAUUUUCCUCGAUAUUGCAUGCUUUUUCAUUGGUGAGCAUAUGAUGUAUGCAAUUUACAUGUGGAAAGAUUGUGAUUUUUUCCCGGAUAUAGGACUUGAUGUCCUUGUUAGCAUGUCGUUGGUAAAGAUUGUGAAAAAUGCAUUUUGGAUGCACAAUCAACUCAGAGAUCUUGGAAGGGAAAUAGUUCGUCAAGAAAAUCCAGUAAAUCCUGUAGAGCGGAGUAGGAUAUGGAUUGACAAGGAGGUCCUCGAUGCAAUAAGAACAAAGGAGAUGAAGAAGAACGUUCAAGCACUGGAUCUUUAUCUAGGCGAUAAACCUAAGGUCGCUAUUAAAAGUGAAGAGAUUGGAAAAUUUGAACAUCUAAGGUACCUCAAAUUAGUUUCGGGAACCUUCAGCGGUAACUUAGCGAAUAGUCUUACAAAUUUAAGCUGGAUUGUUUGGAGAAAUCCUCCACGCAUGUUUUUUAAGCCAGCCAACCUUUGCUUAAAGAAUGUUGUCGUUCUUGAAUAUUCAAACGAUGCCUGCAUAGGUAAUUCGAAGCUACAGAGCUUAAUCAAGAUGGCAGGAAAAUUGAAAGUUCUUUCUCUUACAAGGUGUCGCAACAUAAACAAAAUGCCAGACUUCUCCGGAUGUCCAAAUUUAGAGAGGCUUAUAAUCGAAUCAUGUCAUAAUUUGAGGAAAAUUGGUGGCUCUAUUGGGAAGUUGGAGUCUCUGAUUGAUCUGAAGAUUAGGCAUUGCCAUUCUCUUGAAGAUUUGCCAAAAGAGAUCGAGAACCUUCUGAAUUUGAAACACUUCUCUGUUGAAGAUUGUCCACGGACUCGAUUCCCAGAUUUCGUAUGGAAGUUGAAAUCAUUACGGGAGUUGCACUUUGACGAUAGACUAGAUUCAUGGGGUUUACCUAGUUCUGAGUUACCUAGUCCUGACAUUAGACUGAAUUCAUGGGAGUUACCUAGUUCGAUAAUUCUUCAGAAUCUAGAAGUGCUUCGAAUCAGUCGUUUGGGUUUAAUAGGUCAACUUCCUUCGGCAAUAGGAAGUUUGCCUAUUUUAAGAAUCCUAUGCUUGACGGGCACUUGCAUCAGUGAAGUUCCUGAGACAAUAAAUCUACUUCCUUGCCUGCAAACUCUCGAGUUGAUGAGAUGUGAUGAGAUUGAAGAACUACCGACACUCCCUACAAGUUUGAACAUUCUAAAAGUGUCAUCCAAUUCGUUACGGGUGGUCCCAGACCUUUCAAAUUUGACUAAUUUGGUUAUGUUGUACCUAUCUGAUAACUCUGGUGGGAGACAAGGAGGUAAAAUUUAUACCAGUGACUUAGGGUGGAUUGGGAGGUUAUCCAAAUUGAAUCAGUUGAACUUGAGACUUCUCAAUGUCCUUGCUCCUUGUGAGUUGGCUUCCCUUUCUCAAUUAAAGGAACUGGAUUUGUCUAAUAUGGACUUUCGACCACUCACACGACUUCCACCGUCUCUGCUAAAUUUAGGCCUUCAUGACAUAAAUUCAACCAUAUCACUCUCAUCCAAAUUAGAAAAUUUGUCACAAUUAAUUCUCUCUCGGUGUGGAGUGCAAGAAAUUCAACUCAACGGGCUUCUACUUCAAAAUUUAUCGGAGUUGUUUCUGAACGGUGGUGAAUCUCUCAAGAGAUUCGGGCUAUCAAACAUGAGGAAACUCAAAAGCGUAAGUAUAGAUUCUUGCCCAAAGCUAGUUGAGAUCCAAUUUGCUGGGGUGUUUGAAUCAUUGGAAAAUAUUUUUUUCGGAUGGUGCGAGUCCUUGGGAAGGCUAGCGUACGCGGGUGAAGUAGAGUCUGCUAAUGAGUUGACUAUUGAGGAAGGGACUCUAAUUCUUCUGUCAAGAGUAUUAUAUAAGUUGAGAUAUUUCAUCCUUCUUAGGUGCCCAAAGAUACUCCAAGUACAAGUACUUGGUGCAUCGGAAUCGUGGCUUUCAUUUGACAUCGGUUUUUGUCAUUAUUUGCGAAGUGUUCGUGGUAUAUCACACUUAAAGAAGCUCAAGCGUCUAUACAUCGGGUACUGCGAUGAGCUACAGGUUGUCGAGGGCCUUGACGAGUUGGAGCUUUUGCGGGAGUUAGUAAUUCAAGACUGCCCACAAUUGAAAAGGUCGAUUAAUGUGUCAAACACCAAAUUGCCAGAUAAGUGCCGCAUACGCAUCAGACACGGCCAGAGAUAUUCCGGGGCUCAUAACAAUUUCCGUUGCUGUGUUUUCUCUUACAAGAAUUAUAAGGAGCUUCUCUACUUCUGGUUAACGCCAGAUCCACCAUCUCUGAUCACAAGCAUUUACCGGCACUUGCUUCUCGUCACUACCCCUGGAGUUACAGAUUCACAGAACUGA